CCUCGGUCUGAGACGGUCUUACCCCCCGGUAGAAGCAAUUCACCACUCAAGCGGAAAAGUGAAAACACAAAUCCUAAACCCUAGACCCUUUCGACGCCGGCAGUCUCUUUCCGUCUGCAAUUUUCUCCAUCUCCCCCUCUCCAUCUCCUCCCUCUGUCAUCGACCUCCACCACCUCAGACCUGCUUCCCCUUCAUCUCUCUCCCUCAUCGCCGUCAAAGCCAUUGCCGACACCAGUGAUUCAGCCACUACCACCCUGGCACCGCGAAUCAGACACCACUGCCGCAAACCACCACGACGACCGAACCGAACCGAUCGGAACUUCCCCUUCCGAGCCAGCACUAGGAUUCCCAAGGCUCAAAUAAGCAGCAGAGAAAGCGAAACAGCAGAAUGAAGCUGGAUGUGAACAUGUUGAGAUACCUUUCCAAAGAUGAUUUUAGGGUUCUAACUGCUGUGGAAAUGGGAAUGAGAAAUCAUGAAAUCGUACCCUGUGAGCUGGUGGAUCGGAUAGCGUCGCUCAAGCAUGGUGGUACUUAUAAGGUUCUCAAGAAUCUCCUCAGGCAUAAGCUCUUGCAUCACGACUCUUCUAAAUAUGACGGUUUUCGACUCACCUACCUUGGUUAUGAUUUUCUUGCAAUUAAGACUCUGGUUAACCGUGGAGUCUUUGUGUCUGUUGGCCGUCAAAUUGGCGUAGGAAAAGAGUCUGAUAUCUUUGAGGUCGCCACAGAAGAUGGUACGGUUAUGGCAAUGAAGUUGCACCGGCUUGGUAGAGUUUCUUUUAGGGCUGUAAAAUCUAAGCGUGAUUACUUGAAACAUCGUAGCAGUUAUAGUUGGCUCUACUUGUCCCGCCUUGCUGCACUCAAAGAAUUCGCUUUUAUGAAGGCUUUAGAAGAGCAUGGCUUUCCUGUUCCAAGUGCUGUGGAUUGUAACAGGCAUUGUGUGAUUAUGUCACUUGUACAAGGCUACCCACUUGUGCAGGUGAAGCAACUGCAGAACCCAGAGGUGGUUUUUGAAACAAUCAUCGGACUUGUUGUUCGCCUUGCAGAACAUGGUUUAAUUCACUGUGACUUCAAUGAAUUUAACAUUAUGAUUGAUGAUGAUGAGAAGGUCACCAUGAUUGAUUUUCCACAGAUGGUGUCUGUAUCACAUCAUAAUGCACAGAUGUACUUUGACCGUGAUGUUGAAUGUGUCUUUAAGUUUUUUAGAAAGAGGUUCAACAUGAAUUUUCAAGAGUGCAGAGAUGAUAUUGAUAGAACAGAGGUAGACACAGAUGAAAGCAGGAGGCUUUGUUUUUCUUCAAUAGCCAAGGAUGCUGUUUUUCUGGACAAGGAACUUGCUGCCAGUGGGUUUACUAGGAAGGAUCAGGAAGACAUUGAGAAGUUCUUUGAAGGAAGUUUGGAUAAGGAUGCUAGUUCUGGUGAUGAAGGUACUGAAGAUGACACAGACAACUCUGCGUUAAAUGAAUCAAACAUAGAGGGUGUUGAUUCAUUGAAUUUGUUAGAUCAGGACCAGACUUCAAAUUUAAAGCAGGAAGAGGAAGGAGCAGAGGACAAUCUAAGAAACUGUGAAGCAGGCCCGAGCAGUAAACCUGAAUGUGAAGAUGUGAGUGACAAGGAGGGAGAUAGUGACACCGAAAAUGGAAAUGAUGCUGAGCUGGUAAAGCGCUUGAGCAAGCAGAGACGACGUGCCAUGACAGCAGCCCGUGGAGGACGGAAGAUUCUUUCCUCCAGAAAUACCUACAAAGAUAAGGGCGGUAGAUCCUCCAACAAAUCCAAAAUCCAGAAUCAAUUAAGCAGCUGGUAGAAUAGGUGAAGUCCGACCGCAAAAUCCAAGCCUUGGUAUCAUCUAGAAUACGGAGAAAUUUUGGUCUCUUGGUUCAAAUCUUGGAAUCCAAAGAAAAGCCAAAAAAUGAGCUUAAUAUAAUUGUAGGCCUUGUGGCUUAAAAUGAUGAUGUUUUCUGUAAUUUAUGAAUGAUAGUAAUAUCGUUUAAUUUUUUGUUAUUUUUCGUCUUUUACUUUUUGAAACUUGUACACAAGUCCCUAUGUGUAAGAAUCGUGGAUCUGCGACUGAAUGAGGAGUACUACUCUAUGGCUUCAAGAUUCAUGGAAAUUUUUGGAA